ACAAGAUUUUGGAUUAGAAGAAAAAUGUGUGUGGCUACUCUAAGCUCAUCUAAUACUCCUGUAAGAAAAACAAUGGCUGAAGGAGCUUUGUUCCACCUUGCAGAAAAAGUCCUUGAACUGCUGCGUUCCUUAACUAUCCAAGAGGUCAAACUGGCCUCUAGUGUCAAAACAGCGAUUGAAAAACUAACAAACACUGUUACCACAAUCCAAGCUGUGAUUCUAGAUGCAGAAAAGCAGAGUUCUCAAGACCAUCAGAUCAAAGAUUGGCUCAGAAAGCUCAAGGAUGUUCUCCAUGAUGCAGAUGACUUGCUGGAUGAUUUCUCCACCGAUGUUUUGCAAUUGCAACAGAAAGUGAUGACAAAGAAGGUACGCAUUUUCUGUUCAAGUUUUAACCGGCUUACUUUUAGUCCUAAGGUGGGUCAUGAAAUAAAAGCAAUUAGGGACAGACUAAAUGCCAUUGCAAAAGAUAAGGAGGAUUUUCAUUUUAGUCAAAGUUUCGUCGAGCCACAAGUCAUGAAUAGGGAAAGGGGAACUUAUUCUUUUGUAUUUGAAGAAGUUGUUGGGAGAGAGAAUGAUAAGGAAGUGAUUAUAGAACGUCUUUUUAAUGAUAAAUAUUUCUAUCAUUCCAAUAGUUGGCAUUGGAGGAUUGGGGAAGACAACUUUAGCUCAGCUAGUAUAUAAUGAUGAAAAUGUGGACAAAAAUUUUGAGCUAAAGCUUUGGAUUUGUAUCUCUGAUAUCUUUGAUGUAAAACGAAUUGUUAAAGAAAGUUUAGAACAAUUGACAAAGAGGAAGCAUGAAGGAAGCUUUGAGAUCUUGGAAAAACAGUUUCGAGAAGGAUUUAAUGGAAAAAAAUACUUGCUUGUCCUGGACAAUUUGUGGAUUGAGGAUAAAAAGAAAUGGCUUCUCUUGAGAAAUUUGCUAAUGGUUGGUGCAAGGGGAAGUAGGAUAAUCGUGACCACACGCUCAAAAAGGGUAGCAUGGAUAAUAGGGUCAAUUUCAUGGUAUGCUCUAAAAGGCCUACCUAUAGAAAAGAGUUGGAGCUUGUUUGUAAAAAUGGCAUUUGAACAAGGCCAACUGCUAGAACACCAAGCCGUUAUAAGCAUAGGAAAAGAGAUUGUAGAAAAGUGUGGUGGGGUACCUCUCAUCGUAAGGACGAUAGCAAGCUUGCUACGUUCCAAACCUUCAGAAAAUGAAUGGCAAUCCUUCAAAAACUAUGAACUCUCAAAAAUAACACAACAAGAAGAAUAUAAUAUUUCAUUAACACUUAAGUUGAUUUAUGAUCAUCUACCAUCACACUUAAAGCAAUGCUUUGGUUAUUGUAAAUUGUUUCCAAAAGAUUCCAAAAUUGAUGUAAAAACACUAAUUCAUCUUUGGGCCGCGCAAGGUUUUAUUAAGUUAUCAAAUUCAAAGCAACGUAUUGAGGAUGUUGGCAAAGAUUAUUUUAUGGAAUUACUUUGGAGGUCUUUUUUUCAGGAUGUAAUAAAAGAUGAAUUGGGCAAUAUAGUAUUUUGCAAAAUGCAUGAUCUAGCAAAUCUUGUGGCUGGGGCAGAAAGUACCAUGUUAACUUUAAGUGAGGAAAAUAUUGAUGAAAAACUUCAUCAUGUAUCAUUUGAUCUUAGGUAUUCAUUGAGGCAAUUCCCAAUCCCCAUGGUUAAAGGAAUGAAAAUACGAACAAUUCUUGGAGCUAGUGUAGGGCAAGAGUUGGGUAAAUUAACUUGUGAUGCACUCAUUUCAAAUCUCAAUUAUUUACGCACAUUAGAUUUGAGUAAAUUAAAGCUAUGUGUAGUGCCAAAUUUAAUUGGAGAAUUAAAGCAUUUACGAUAUCUUGAUCUUUCUGAAAAUGAAGAUAUUGAAUUUCUCCCUAAUUCCAUUACUAAACUGUUGAAUUUGCAAACACUAAAACUCAAGUAUUGUAAGUCGCUUAGAGAAUUACCGAGGGAAAUUAAAAAAUUUGUCAAUCUCAGGCAUCUAGAUAUUUUUGAAUGUCAAAGAUUGACUCAUAUGCCCCUUGGACUUGAACUUUGUACUUCUCUUGAGAUACUACCACUUUUUAUUGUAAGCAAGGCUAAGUGUAGUGGUGGAUUGAGUGAAUUGAAGGAGUUAAGCAAUUUGGGAAGAAGCCUAAGUAUUAACAAUUUGGGACAUGGAAAAGAUGACAUGCUGGAGCUGGAAUGUAAGGCUGCAAUACUAAAGGAGAAACAACAACUUCAACAGUUGAAAUUAUGGUGGGACUCGAGGUGGGCUGAAAAUAAUAUAUGUUAUGAUGAAAUGUCACUAGAAAAGCUCCAACCACAUCCAAAUCUUAAAGCUUUGAAGUUGGGUUUUUAUAUGGGUAUGAUAAUUCCAAGUUGGGUCUCUUCACUCACUAAUAUUGUACAUUUGGAAUUCUAUAGAAAUAUCAAAUUGCAACACCUCCCACCAUUAUGUCAACGACCUUUUCUAAAGUCUGUCAUCCUUAAAUAUAUGGAAGCACUUGAAUACAUAUCAAAAGACAUUCUUAGAAAAGCAAUUGGUUCCUCAAAAACAACAUUCUUCCCAUCCUUAUCUUCUCUCAUAAUGUAUGAAUGCCCAAAUUUGAAGGGUUGGUGGAGGAAAUUUGAUGGUAAUGACCAUCUUUUACUACCAUCAUUUCCUUGCCUUUCUCUUUUAAAGAUUACUGAAUGUCCUAAUCUAACUUCCAUGCCUUUGUUUCCGUAUCUCAAAGAAGGGCUAAUAUUAGACACAACUAGCUUGAAGGCCUUUCAUCAUACAAUGAUUAUGGGAGAAACAGAGAGCCCAUCAACAGCAGGAACCACAUCAACCUCUUCCUCAUUAGAAGAGAUUAACAAUUUGGAAUCUCUUCCAGAGGAGAAGUGUGUGCGGAACCUUAUUUCUCUCAAGAAACUUUCCAUUUACAACUGCAAUGGACUCAAAUCUCUCCCUCGUAAAGGUAUUUCAACAUCUCACAUCACUUCAAGAGAUGGAAAUCAUGCACUGCAAUGAGCUUGCUCUAAUAAAUGAUGAAGAUGAUGGCAUGCAAUGGCAAGGCCUUAGGAGCCUCCGUUUUCUGCAUUUAGAGAGAAUUCCAAAUUUGGUGUCUCUGCCAAAUGGGCUUCAACAUGUUACCACUCUUAAAUAUCUCCAAAUUAUUAGUUGUCCUAAUUUGAUGGCACUACCAGGAUGGAUAGGCCACUUGACAUCACUACAAAGCCUUGAAAUUGACAAAUGCCCUGAAUUAACAUCAUUGCCUCGAGGGAUUCGCAAUCUCUCAGCAUUACAGGAAAUAAUAAUUACCAAUUGUCCCCUCUUACAACAAAGAUGCCAGAGGCAAACCGGUGAAGAUUGGCCCAACAUUGCUCAUGUCCGAUACGUGUAUGUGGAUAAUAAAGCAACACAAAACUUCUUAAGGUAUGCAUCUAUCUUUUAACCCCCAAAAUUUGAACCUUAUUCAAAAAUUGCACUUGUGGAUCAAGAACUCAAUGGUAAUCAUCUUCUUUUGUUUUUCUUAAUAUAAAAUUUAUUUAACUAUUUUUCUUUAGAAUUGAACUUUAAUUAGACACAUGAUUUCUUCAAAAUGCUAGAAGAAAAAGGAUAAUUUAAAUUCAUUCAUUUAUAAAAGUUUCCAACGUGUCUAUCAAAUUCUCUCCUUUUUUUGUGGAUAGAUAUCUACAUGUUGGUGACUUGGUGUGAAGAAACUUUUAGAGUCAAAGAAGAAUAAGAGAAUGAUUUAAUGAGUACAAUUUGUUCAUACAUGCACAAAUUCAAAGGAACUUUUUAUUUUCCAAUGGUUGAAUCUUUGGGAUUUUGCCCCACCUUCUACUGCUGCAGUCUCUACCUCUUCUCCCAAUAUAUCAAAGUCUCUGUUCAAACAUUCGGCAACAAUGUGCAUGUUCUUUUCUUUAAUCACUAGAAAGAAAAGAAUAUGGGGAAUUGCGAAAUGGGUGGAUAGAGUUUUUGGGCCAAAGAGAGGUGGAACGAGUAUGAAUAGUUGAGCCGUGAUAGAUAAGAGAAGCAGUUUGAUUAAAUGUACCAAAGAUGGAGUAAUUUGCUGCAAAGCGAUGUAGAGGUCAUCAAGAGAAGAUCCUAUCUAGGAUCCUAAUCAUGACAACCUUGGCCUUAGGCCAUUCCUCCCUUAAAAGUUUCUGUUCAAAGAAUUAUUAAGGAUGGUGAAUCUUGGGCAUGCUGUUCAUUUUGCAAUCAAUUUUUGACAAGGCUCUGGGAAUACCCAUAGAAGUGAGCGUUGUAGGCCCCAACCCCCCAAUUAUAGACUCAUAUACCCUCAUGAGGUUAACCUCAAUUGCACAUCUUGGGAUCAAAUAGGUUUUAUUGUAGUUCUUUAUAAACUCUUAAGCUAGAAAUGUGUUUUCUCAAUUCUCCUUUUUUUGAACAUAAUAUUAUACACA